AUGUUUUUGAGACAUGGCUGGACUGCAGUGGCAUACUCAUGGCUCACUGCAGCCUCAACUUCCCAGGCUCAAGUGGUCUUUCCACCUCAGCCUCUUUAGUAGCUGGGACUACAGGUGUGUACCACCAUGUCCCAUGAAUUUUUUGUAUUUUUUGUAGAGAUGAGGUUGCCUAGGCCUAUGUUGCCUAGGCCGGUCUUGAACUCUUGUCUCAGGUGAUUCACCUGCCUCAGCCUCCCAAAGUAAGCCACUGCCCCCAGCCAAUUUUCAUUAUUUUGCAAAUAGUUUGAUGUUAUAUUUGUUUUCCUCUUUGACUUAAUAUUAUUUUAUUUUUUUAAAAAGAAGCUCUGACCAAGCAAAUUACUAGUCUGUCUCUUUAUUUUUUUUUAGUAGAACUUUUUUUUGGUUCUUUUUUGUCCUAAAAUAGUUUCUGAAAAUUAGGCCAUAGAAGAAUUUUAGGAAAAACAACAGAAGUCAUUGCAUUUGAAUCAUUUACUUCACUUAUUUGAUCCUAGUCUUAUGUGUCUCAGAUUAAAUCAACUGGCUUUGAAAAUCCGAGUUUUAUGCCAUUUAACUCUGAAUGAAGAGUGCAAAGUGAAAGACUUGGGAAAAGGGACGAACUUACCCCUAGAAGCCUGGGGCUCCUUGCCUGGCAGAUGGUCAGAAAGAACUGCACUACCUUCCAUUUUCAAGUCCCUAGCAGAGAGGCUCAGUGGCAGAAUGGGAAUUCUUCCAUGAGGACUCGACAGUCAACCAAAGUUGAACAAUUACAUGUAGAAGAGAGUGAGCAAAUAGAGGGCUUGCUGAGUGAAAAAUGAUUCUGAAUUCUACAAAAAUGUAAGGUCUUUAAUCUGGACCCUACUCUCUGAAUUGUGCAGGCUGCACUGAAACGCCCUGGUGAUCUGACGUUUAGGAAGAAAGUUAAAGAGUUGGUCAGAUGGAUAGUUCAUAAUGGGUGAUUCCAUUCCAAGAGCCCAUUGCCCAGCUUUGGUUUUGGUUGUAUCAUAAUCUCCAACCAUUAAUCCCAUUGACAGAGUGGAAUAUUUCAGUUAACAAGACAAUAUAAUUAAUAGAGCUAUCAUUGAACCCAAAAAGGGAUUACCAAUUUUAACAUAAUUAUUACAAAAUGUAUGCUAACCCCCAAAUAAUACUAUGCAUGAUGUGACCUCUCUUUGAUUUGGAAGAACCUGUAGAACCUCAGAGGGUGUCAAGGCAUCACUUUGAGUAUCAGUUAGGAUUAUUUGGAAGUAUAGAUGUAUCAGAUGAUAGAAAUGACAAGCAGUACUGCCCAGAAGGGAGUUCCAAAGAGGAUGACCCCCAAACGGAACUUCCUGCAGCUGCAUUUAAAGAAUUGUGUUCAUGUGUGGUACGUGGUACAUGCAUUUUAAAUUCCCAACAUUAUUGACAUCUGGUCACCUCAUCUUUGCAUAUUGUCCAUUUUAUUCCAAAAGCCCUUGGCAUUUUAUCUGGGAUAGCAUGGGUAAACUGAAACAUUUGACCUCGACUUUCCCCUUUUGUCUUUCAUCUGUUUCUGGUUCAUUGGCUGGGAGUUGCACCUGCGGGAGGACGUCUCAUGCAGACUUGCACAUAUACAGGGAGUGUUGCAUUGAAGGUCUUUGCUGGACCUUCUGUUCAGAAGGUGAUUUUCAAAAGCGAGCAAUGCUGCCAAUGCAGCUUGCUUCUCUUGACAGAUUGAGAAGUCCAGCUUCAAAAGUUACCUGCCAUUUAAGCAAGGAGUUUGUCAAGAGAUCAUGGUUCAUUUUAUUGAAAAUACUUUAAGGAGUUGUAGGAUUUAUUCAUAGAUUGCUGAGAACAAUGGCAAUAUUUUUAUUUUUACAGAGUUUGCACUUCUGAUUUCAGGUUAAACGCUAACUUGUUUUUAGUCUGCUUAGGGGAUUGUGACUUGAAAAUUUUUAUAUUCUGAUGAGCUUUUUUGUAGUGUCCACAAUGUAUAAAAUAUUUCCUAGGUGAGAUCUAUGUUCUCCAUUUAUUGAUGCAUUGCAGACCAAUUUGAGUGAUGUGUUUAAGGAAAAUUCUUCCUAGUUUAAUAAGUAAGCUAAAAGGUUUUUUUUAAUAUUUAAUGUUUAAUCUCUGUCUCGUGUUAUUUAAAAUUAGCCUGCAGAUACUUUCCCUCACUUCUGUAGGCUCUUGGAAGAUAAACAUUCAAACAGCGGAACAAACAAUAAAUUAAAUAAAAAAUAAGAAUUAUAUUUUCUUAAUUUCUGCCUCAGAAUUUGCGUUUUGUCUUUCUGCCUUUUUUCUUUUGGAUGUCAAAAUAGAUGAGAUCGUAUACUCUAUGGAGUAUAAAUUGUUACUGAAGUUUUUAUUUUUGGUAAUGAAUGAGUAAGAAUAAGACUAUCUCUGUGAUUAUUAAAAUACAUGGAAUUAUCCAGGAAAUUUUCCUUACAAGGAAUUAAAAUAUUCCUGUAUUAAAGAGAAGAAAAGCCUUUCCCAAGCGGCUGGCGAAGAUGGCGGAGGUGCAGGUCCUGGUGCUUGAUGGUCGAGGCCAUCUCCUGGGCCGCCUGGCGGCCAUCGUGGCUAAACAGGUACUGCUGGGCCGGAAGGUGGUGGUCGUACGCUGCGAAGGCAUCAACAUUUCUGGCAAUUUCUACAGAAACAAGUUGAAGUACCUCGCUUUCCUCCGCAAGCGGAUGAACACCAACUCUUACCGAGGCUCCUACCACUUCCGAGCCCCCUACCACUUCCGAGCCCCCAGCCGCAUCUUCUGGCGGACCGUGCGAGGUAUGCUGACCCACAAGACCAAGCGAGGCCAGGCCGCUCUGGACCGUCUCAAGGUGUUUGACGGCAUCCCACCGCCCUACGACAAGAAAAAGCGGAUGGUGGUUCCUGCUGCGCUCAAGGUUGUGCGUCUGAAGCCUACAAGAAAGUUUGCGUAUCUGGGGCGCCUGGCUCACGAGUUUGGCUGGAAGUACCAGGCAGGGACAGCCACCCUGGAGGAGAAGAGGAAGGAGAAAGCCAAGAUCCACUACGGGAAGAAGAAACAGCUCACGAGGCUACGGAAACAGGCCGAGAAGAACGUGGAGAAGAAAAUUGACAAAUACACAGAGGUCCUCAAGACCCACGGCCUCCUGAUCUGAGCCCAAUAAAGACUGUUAAUUCCUCAAAAAAUAAAAAAUA